AUGUCCUCCAUGGUAUCAGAGUACAUCAUAAGGCCUGCCCUACAACAAGUCCGCCGCUUCUCACGCUCUAGUGUUGCGAGCGAGCCCGAGACUACUGUGUCGUCAUCUGGCAAGUCAAAAGACCGUCCUUCGAGCCGCGACGAUGCCAUUUCCGAGACCGAGGAGGAUUCCUACCUGAGAGACGACGAAGACGACAGUGCCUCGCCCCCGGCGUCCUCGCGAAGCUCGGUAACGCCAAUCUUCGAGCCUGCCAAUACGUCUUCUCCGGUAUACGAACGGAUCUCGAGAGAUGCCCUGCUCAUUCCACCCGAAGCCGGCGCUUCCCAGCGAGCCGGCGGUUCCCUACGAGCAGGAGCUUCACAACGAGCCAGCACUUCGCAAAGAUCCGGCACUUCGCAACGAGCCGGAGCGACUCUCGCGCAACCCAUCCCAAUAUCUCCUGCACCGGAGCUAGAGGCUGGCGGCAUAGGCAGCCCUGCAGCAGGACCCGUAGCAGAACUAUCGACCUCGCCCUUGCCCGCCGACCCGUUCCUGCCCCUCCCCGAGGAUGAUGGCAUGGGUGCUCUCAGGAAACAAAUCCUCAAUAUACAAGCGGAGAACCUUCCGGCCCCUGAGCAAGCACGACGGGUUCAUCAGCUGUUGAUGCAGAGUUAUAAAAAAUCAAAAGCUGCCACAGAGUUGGACCGCCCCAUCUCCCCGUCAAGUGCCGUUGGUUGGGAGCAGAAGCAUGCACAGGGGCGCCUCGACUCGUUCAAGUUUUGGCAGGAUCUGAUGGGCGAGGCCCCGGAGAAGUUUGUUCUUACAGAAGAUGAUAUCAAACCCACGUUUGCCCCACUGAAGGCUGGCGAGGAAGAAUCCGAGUAUCGGUCUCUAGGCUGCGAGCACUACAAGCGGAACGUCAAGUCGCAAUGCUCAGAAUGUUCACAUUGCCUAGCGCAAAAGGUCGGCGAGGCAUGCAUUGGCUGUGGCGAGUCGGCAGCGAUGUACUACUGCUCUAUAUGCAAACUCUGGAACAACGACCCGGAUAGGAGUAUUUAUCAUUGCCCCGACUGUGGGAUCUGCAGGGUUGGAAGAGGACUUGGAAAAGACUUCUUCCACUGCAAGAAAUGCAAUGCCUGUUUAAACAUCAAUCUGGAGAACAGCCAUAGGUGCAUCGAAAGACUAUUGGACUGCGACUGCCCUAUCUGUGGCGAGUAUAUGUUCAACACUCCUCGGGGCAUCUGCCACAUGAAGUGUGGCCACACUUUGCACAAAGACUGCUGGGAGGAACACAUCAAACAUGCUUACAAGUGUCCCAUCUGCAACAAGAGUAUCGUCAACAUGGAGACACAGUUCCGCCGGCUCGAUGUCGCCAUCCAAACGCAGCCGAUGCCCGAGAAGUUUCAGGAUACCAGGGCCGUGAUAUCUUGCAACGAUUGCUCAGCGAGGACCACGGUUGUAUACCAUUGGCUUGGCUUGAAGUGCGCUGUCUGUCAGUCCUACAAUACCUCCCAGUUGCAGAUACUAGGCGCCGAGGCAGAGACCCUCGAAGAAGCCGCUGCAGCGGCCCCCGACGUACAACUGCCAGACUCUAUCGGCAGCAGCACUGCGGAUAUUCUGCAGGUUACCGAAGGCUCCGGGGCACGCGACAUCCCAGCACGCCGCCGCCGCCACUCUUCCAAUCUGCUGCAGCUCAGCAACGAGAUGCUGGUGCCGGGAACUGGUGGCAUUGGGUCGUACGUGGUCCAGGACCGCCUUGCUCGCUCAGUCUCACCCGUUGCGGCUAUGCAUCAAGCAGAUGCGGAAGACUCGGAUGAAGAUAAGGGGGACAUGAUUGGAUUCUGGAGCAGGAUUCCCCGAAGCAUUACGUCCAAUGAGGACCGUGAAGACGACGAAGGGGACUCAGAUGACGACUCGGUCUCAUCGUUUAGCGACAACGGCAUGGAUGAAGACGACGAGGAAGAGGAAGAAGACGAUGAGAUAAACCUAUUCGGCCAUCGCUAG